CCUUUUUUCGAAAACAACAACUUUUCCCUUUACAAAAAAAAAUGCAGACAGAAUACAAAAAUUGCUGCAAUGCAACAACCAUAGAAUAGAAAAGGAAAUAAAUAAAAAUAAAUGAAUAAAGUAAAAUUAAUAUUCGAACGACAUACAUAAAUCACUCCCCGCGACGUCUCGAGAAACUGCGUGAAAGCAUGUUAUGGCCGUAACCAAAACAAGGAACCUUGUCAUAUUCGUCCACAAAGGCAUACCACACGAAGGGGGCUACAGCAGCUGGUUUACGAACACAUCCGUCCGUGUCCCUUUCGCCAUCAUGCCUACAGCGGCUCAAGGGCUCAGCGUACGAGCGGCGAGCGGCGAGCGCGACGUGUCGGCGAGAUGUCGCUGUUGACCGCGAAAUAUUAAUUUCACAUUGAUUGUUUUGCAAAUAUGUUUUAAUAUAAAAAUAAAUUUCAUGACAAAAUGCGGGUAAAGUGUGUAAAUUAAUACAUAUGUACAUACGAGUACAUAUAUAUGUAUAUAUUGUAUAUGCAAUGAGAGAUACUUAAUAUUUGUAUGCGCGAAAUAAAAAUGAAAAGCUAUGAAAAAUAAAAAGCAAGCGUUAAAAGCUUAGCAAAACUCUUCGAAACAAAAAAUAAAAACAACAAAAAACGAUAUAUUUAUGCAUAUAUAUAUAUAUAAUAAGUAUUGACUAAAAUGCAAAUCAUAGAAAAUUCGAAAAGAAAAGGAAUUAAUAUACCAUAAACAAAACAACAAAAAACAUUUCUUCUUCACCUCGUACGUGCUGCUGUCGUCAUAUUGUCGCCGCGUCAAAACAAACAAAAAAAAAUAAAAAAAAAAAAAAUAAAAAAAAAUUAAAAAAAUAAAAAUAUUAAAGGCCUGUGCGCCUGUUACCAGCCACAUUUAGCAGCAGCAAGACUUUCUUUUAUCUCUCGUCUCUCUCACAUACACAUACAGUCCUACAAAGAACGCUUUCUUCGCUUUAAUCUUACCUUCUUCGCAAACACUUUGGUUGUUCCUGCAUUUCUUUCGCAUAAACAAUCGUCGUUACCAAUACUGUUGUGUGUGUGUGUGUGUUGGUACGUGUGUGUUUGUGUGUGCGCUUGGUGUUUUGUUGGUGAGACAACGCAUGCGCUGCGGCGCAUCAUCACCAACUCCAUUCUCACCACAUGUUCGACUCGGAUGUCGACGAUGAAUAUAUCCGCGAGUAUGCUUUUGAGCCAGAAUUGCUAAUCAAUCGCGAUGAUUAUCUUAAGCGGGAAGAACAAAAGGAAAAGGAGCAACGGGAGGCGAUUAAGCGACGCUCCUCGUUGCGGCGCAAAUCUCAGCGCAAAGCUAGCGUGGAUAGUUAUGAUGCGGGUGGACAGCAGAAGAAUCAGAUUGAUGUUGAAAUCGAGGCGUUCUAUUAUAUGUAUGGCCGUUAUACCAAAGAUUUAGGAGAAUUUGCCAAAGAUGAAGCCAGAAAACUCAAAUUACUCGAAAAACGCAGAAAGCAAGAAGACAGACAGAGAAACAAGGAAUUACUGGGCAAACGUUCAUCGCGUAUGCUAAAAGUCUCAUCAUGGAUAUGGAAACGUACGUUUGCACGCCUCGGCGAGGAUUGGGUGUUCUUAGCAUUGUUAGGCGUUAUAAUGGCGUUUGUAUCAUAUGUGGUGGACAAAGGCAUCAAUGUUUGUACAAAUGCACGUGUUUGGCUGUACCGCGAUCUCACAUCACAGCCGAUCACACAGUAUUUAGCGUGGGUCUCAUUACCGGUCUGUUUAAUACUUUUCUCAGCUGGUUUUGUACAUCUGGUGGCGCCACAAAGUAUAGGUUCGGGCAUACCUGAAAUGAAAACCAUACUGCGUGGCGUUGCGCUGAAAGAGUAUCUCACAUUCAAGACAUUGGUGGCCAAGGUUGUUGGUUUAACGGCAACUUUGGGCAGUGGUAUGCCAUUAGGAAAGGAAGGUCCUUUCUGUCAUAUAGCAAGUAUUGUAGCACAAUUAUUAAGUAAACUCGUCACAUCAUUCCAAGGCAUCUAUGAGAAUGAGUCGCGCAAUUCGGAAAUGUUGGCCGCUGCGUGCGCAGUGGGCGUGGGUUCGUGUUUUGCGGCGCCCGUUGGUGGCGUGCUCUUCAGCAUCGAAGUUACGACCACAUAUUUCGCUGUUCGUAAUUACUGGCGCGGCUUCUUUGCCGCUGUUUGUGGUGCGACAGUGUUUCGCUUGUUGGCUGUUUGGUUUCACAAUGCGGACACAGUGCGUGCGAUAUUCCUUACAAACUUCACCACCGAGUUCCCUUUCGAUCCACAGGAGUUGUUCGUGUUUGCACUGAUGGGCGUUGUAUCCGGUGUUGGCGGAGCCGCCUAUGUUUGGGUUCAUCGGCGCUAUGUGCUCUUCAUGCGUUCGAAUAAGAAGAUGAAUAAAUUUCUACAAAAAAAUCGGUUUCUAUAUCCGGGCUUCCUGGCGUUACUUGUCUCUACGCUCUCAUUUCCACUGGGCACCGGUCAAUUCAUCGCCGGCGAAUUGAGCACACACGAACAAGUGACGCAGCUCUUCAGCAAUUUCACUUGGUCACGCGACGAUCUCACCGUGGAACAGGCAGCCAUAGUUACGCAUUGGGUCACUGGUUACACCAACAUUUUCAUCAAUCUCUCCAUUUACAUUGUGUUCACCUUUUUCAUCUCAAUUGUCGCCUCCACAAUACCGGUACCAUCGGGUAUAUUCAUACCUGUCUUUAAGAUAGGCGCCAGUUUGGGUCGUCUCAUUGGUGAGAGUAUGCACUUGUGGUUUCCGAACGGUGUGCGCUACGGCGGUCGCUUAUCGCCCAUCAUACCCGGCGGUUAUGCGGUUGUGGGUGCGGCGGCAUUUUCCGGCGCUGUGACGCAUACCGUUUCGGUAGCGGUAAUCAUCUUCGAGAUGACCGGCCAGAUAACGCACGUUGUACCGGUGAUGAUCGCAGUGUUAAUAGCGAACGCCAUUGCAGCCCUUCUACAACCGUCCAUGUACGACAGUAUUAUAUUGAUAAAGAAACUGCCGUAUCUGCCCGAUUUGCUGCCAUCCAGUUCGGCGAUGUACAGCAUCUAUGUGGAGGAUUUUAUGGUACGAGAUGUGAAAUAUAUUUGGCAUGGCAUUUCGUAUCAAAAACUCAAGGAGGUGCUGAAGGCGAACAAAACGCUUCGAUCUCUACCGCUGGUCGAUAGUCACGAGAAUAUGAUACUGCUCGGCUCAGUACAGCGUUAUGAAUUGAUUAAAAUGAUUGAGAAACAUAUUGGACGGGAGAAACGUAUGGAGGUGGCACAAAAAUGGCAAAAGGAAGCCGAGGAACGCGCACGCGAAGAGGAGAAGAAAAAACAGGAAGCCGAAUUAAGAAUACGACGACCAUCACGUUUCGAAGUGCUACCCGCACCUGAUAUACUCAGUUUACGUCAAAUUGCCAACGAUGAAAUGUUGCCGCCAAAACAGCGACAAGAAUCACUCAACAAUAAUGUGGGACCACGCAAAUCCAUUUUGAAAAAGACAAAUUCCUUUAAUUUAAAAACAUUCGCAACUACCUCACCGCACAGUCCCAACAUUACCCCAUACACCACCAUUACCGGUACGGAGCAUCGCAUUCGUUCCGCCUUCGAAGCGAUCUUUCGCAAAUCGAAUACACUGCAAGAUGUCCAACCGGAUCCGGAUGCUGGCAGUAUAACACCGGCUGUGAGUGCCAAUGAUGUGCCACAGGUGCAACGUGCGCCCAGCAUUUCGAAGAAAGUUCAAUUGGCAAUGAGUAUGAAAAAGACGAAAUCUGUGACUUUGCCACGUGAACGUGUCAUCGAUAUGUCGCCGGAAGACCAGAAGAAAUGGGAAAUGGAGGAAAUGUCCCAGUCGAUUGAUCUGGAAAAGGCCAGCGUCAAUAUCGAUCCAUCGCCAUUUCAACUCGUCGAACGAACGUCAAUACUCAAAGUGCACUCGCUGUUCUCCAUGGUUGGCAUAAAUCAUGCUUAUGUGACGAAAAUUGGACGUCUAGUCGGUGUUGUGGGCUUAAAGGAACUUCGCAAAGCGAUUGAGGACAUCAACAGUAAUAAUUUCGUAGUACAAAAUCAAUUAAAAGACGAUAUUGAAGCCGAUCAUUGUUCGGCUGCCGAGAAGCCAUUACUAACGACAACAUUAACGCCGCACGCGACCAGUGACAAAGAGGUUAAUACAACGGUUACCUCGAUGGAUUCGGCGCUUUCGCAUUCGGAUAAUUGCUCCGAUAUUGAAAUGGAGCAUAUAAAGGGUGGCGAUAGUAGUGGUGAGGAGCAGCAGCAACAACAACAACAACAGCCAUAUACACAAACAACGGGGACAAUGACGCCAACAACAAUGUCUGGCGGCACACCAACCAAAUCAUCGAUGAAUGAGCCAUAGCUAGCGAGAUAGAAAAAGAGAGCGAUAGAGAGAGAGAGAGAGUGCAAAGAAUUGCUUGCAAAUAAAAGUAUGUAGUUCGGAAAGAAAAGCUCGGAGAAAUUAAACUGAGUUGUAUUCAAUUUAGUUAAUAGAAAUGUGAAAUAUGCAUACAUACAUAUGUACACUAAUAUUAAUAUGAUCAGGUGAGAGUUUGCAUAUUUAUGUAGCAAAAAAGAAAAACAAAAUGUAAAUUUCAGAUUGAAAAUUUAAUAUUAUGUAGAUACUAAAAUCCUGUGUUACGAAUUUUUUUAUGAAAAAAAAGCCUCAAUACCUCUUUUAAGCUCAUACAUACAUAUGUACAUAGUAUAUCGAUGAUGAUGUUUAGAAAGGCUCUUGAAUAACAUUUUCUUCUUCAUUAAAAUUAUAAA